CUCAUCAACUUUUGGCCGAAAUAUCCAACUCCUCCCGCCGGUUACCGGAAUUUCUCAACAGCAUUUAUUUAGGGGUUUAAAAUCUACCCAAUACCCUAAUAUUGAUUUUAUUUUAGUAUAAAUUAUAAUUAUUUAAAGGUUAAGUUUUAUUUUCACUUUUACAAAAGUUAAGCUCAAUCGUAGAUCUGAAGCAAAGUUAGAGGAAUCCGCUAACGGAUUUGAGAUGUAGCUGCUGUUCACGUGGUGUUAGAUGCAGAUUCAGGGUUGAACGUUAGAGAUGGAUCCAGCCAUAGAAGAAGCUCUUAGAGCUAAAGAGAAUGCGGAGAAGUUAUUUUUAGUGAAAGAUUUUCCAGGUGCAAAACAGUAUGCUUUACGGGCUCAAACUCUAUGCCCUCAACUCGAGGGUAUCUCUCAAAUGGUGGCUACAUUUGAAAUAUAUGCGGCUACUAUGAAUCAAGAAAUUGAUUUCUAUUCAGUUCUUGGAUUAGAUCCAUCUGCCGACAAAUCAUUACUGAAAAAACGUUACAAAAAGAUGGCUGUUCUUCUUCACCCUGGCAAAAACAAAACCGUUGGAGCUAAUGAAGCUUUCAAACUCGUGUCUGAAGCAUGGGCUGUGUUAUCUGAUAAUGUGAGAAGAAGCUCAUAUGAUGCCAAAAGAAAUAAGCACUUGUCAGCUGGUGUUUCGAGUUCAGAGACGUCUUCAAGGUUCGACACGUUUUAGACUGUGUGCACCUUGUGUCGGGUACAAUAUGAGUAUCUUAGAAAGUAUGUGAAUAAACGACUUUCAUGCAAGAACUGUCGAGGGGUUUUUGUAGCUGUUGAAACAGGAACAGCUCCGGUUACUUAUGCUCCAUGGUCAUAUACGUCUGAAAAUGGUUAUGCUAAUCAUACGUAUAAUGCAGGCCCCUACGUGCCAAGCACAUCAGUAUGUUCAUCGUUUAUUCAUCCUAGACAAGGGUACGAGUAUGCAGGGACCGUAUCCUUUCAGUGGAGUACUUAUCCCAGUUCAUCUACCCUAGAUCCUAACAAUUUAGCUUAGAAAUCUGUCAACACGGAUAGGCAAAAAGUGAACGGGAGACACCAGACGACGGGGCCCGCUAAGACCGUGGCUCCUAGGAUGGGUCGGCCUCCUAAGAAAAGAAAGAUAGAAACCGAAGCGGAUUCGGUAGUAACUCAUUCAAAUGGAAAUGAAAUUUCAAGCAGACAGUACGUGGUCCCCCUUCCUAUUGAUGCCAGAAAGUUGUUAAUCGAUAAAGCUCGAUCAGUAAUUCGUGG